CUCGAGAAUCAUCAGCCCUUAGUCCAUUCUCAUGACUGCUCCCCAAAUUCCCCCAUUCACUCUUUGCUAGAGUCCUUCGUCCCCCCUCCUCCCCUUCUCCAUCCCUCGGUUACAGGGGGCCAAGAGGCCAGGACCUUCGUUGACACCUUUUGUAGUCACGCCGAAAGGGGAGGAGGGAGUGUGUGUGUGUGUGGGGGGGUGAAGACUGGGAUGAGACACCCAAUCGAAACGCCUGCAGUCACGUGCGGUCUGGUAGCUGACCAAUGGGCGGUUGAAGGCGGGGCCAGACCGCAGGGGGCUUGUAACAUUUACUGGAACUUGGAAAGCUGAGUCUCAGUCAGUUUCUUCGAUUUGUAAGUUUCGAUCUCGGCCUCUAGGCAGCUUACACAUGUGCCCCGGGCCCCUGCGCUGCUGAGCUUUCCCCAGUGGCCGCCGCCGCUGUUACUGCUGCUGCUGCUGGCGUCCUUCGUUCUGAGCUGCGUCCCCAGCGUCUCCUCCUGCUUCUCCUUCCUCUUUCUCCAUGGAGCCUUUCACUUUCCCCAAACGUUCCAUCCUAGCUUCCUCCCCUUCCGUGGGGCUCGCCUCGCCCCUAGCAGAUGGGCUCAUUAAGUCUCCCAAGCCCCUGAUGAAGAAGCAGGCGGUAAAGAGGCAUCAUCACAAGCACAAUUUGCGGCACCACUAUGAGUUCCUGGAAACCUUGGGCAAAGGGACCUACGGAAAGGUGCAGAAAGCGAGAGAGCGAUCGGGAAGACUGGUGGCCAUCAAGUCCAUCCGAAAAGAUAAAAUUAAAGAUGAGCAGGACCUGCUGCACAUCCGGAGGGAGAUUGAGAUCAUGUCAUCUCUCAACCACCCACAUAUCAUCACCAUCCAUGAAGUAUUUGAAAACAACAACAAGAUCGUCAUCGUCAUGGAGUAUGCCAGCCGAGGAGACUUGUAUGACUACAUUAGUGAACGGCAGCGUCUCAGUGAGCAAGAGGCCCGGCAUUUCUUCCGACAGAUUGUCUCAGCUGUGUACUAUUGUCAUAAGAAUGGGAUUGUCCACCGGGAUCUCAAACUGGAGAAUAUCCUCCUGGAUGCUAAUGACAACAUCAAGAUCGCAGACUUUGGCCUCUCCAACCUCUACCACCAGGACAAGCUCCUGCAGACCUUCUGUGGGAGCCCCCUCUAUGCCUCACCGGAGAUUGUCAAUGGGAAGCCCUACAUGGGCCCAGAGGUGGACAGCUGGUCUCUGGGUGUUCUCCUCUAUAUCCUGGUACACGGCAUGAUGCCCUUUGAUGGACAGGAUUUUAAGACUCUUGUGAAACAGAUCAGCAAUGGUGAAUAUCGGGAACCCACCAAGCCUUCUGAUGCUUGUGGACUGAUCCGGUGGCUGCUAAUGGUGAACCCUACCCGCAGGGCCACCCUGGAGGAUGUGGCCAGCCAUUGGUGGGUCAACUGGGGCUAUGCUAUGCCAAUUAGGGAGCAGGAGGCUCUUCAAGAAAGCGGAGUUCCAGGGGGAGAGUCCCCCCGGACCACAGUGGCUGAGUGGCUCCGACGAUCCUCUCGGCCCCUCCUGGAAAACAGUGCCAAGGUGCGCAGUUUCUUUAAGCAGCAUACGACGGGCGGGGCGGGGCUGGAGCGCCAGCACUCGCUUAAGAAAUCCCGAAAGGAGAACGAUAUGGCUCAGUCUCUCCAGGGGGGUGUAACUGCAGAGGUCUCCCCUGGCCCAGGCAAAGGUAUCAAGCUGCCCAAGGGUAUCCUCAAGAAGAAGGUGGCCUGUCCCACAGAGGAACAGAGAGAGCACUCAGAGGAGCCUACAGCGGAGCCCCUCACACCCCCCAUCAGUCCCAGGCACACUGCCCUGGCACUACCCAAGAAGGGAAUUCUUAAGAAGCCUCGGCAGAGGGAGUCAGGGUAUUACUCUUCUCCUGAACCAAGUGAUUCAGGGGACCUUUUGGAUGCAGGUGACGUGUUUGUGAACAGCUACCCCAGUGUCAGGGAGACUUACCGGCCCCCACAGCUGCCCCUCCAUCGCAAGGGCAUCCUCAAACACAAUGGCAAGUUCUCAGGGGCCUCUCAAGAGCUCACUGUCUUUGGUUCUCUGGAUGAGCUGGUCCCGGCCCUAUCUUCCACUCGUGCCCCUCGGCCCUCAGGUGCUGUGAGCGAGGACAGCAUCCUGUCCACAGAGUCGUUUGACCAGCUUGACCUACCAGAACGCUUACCUAACCCUAAGCUGAGCCUGCGUGGCUGCGUGUCAGUGGACGACCUGAUGGGCCUAGAGGAGCCAGCACCCCAGGGCUCUGGCUCAAGGCUCAGGCGAUGGAAGCAGGAUCCCCUUGCUGACAGCUGCUUCUCCCUGGCGGACUGCAAGAGACUCAAUACGUUCUACCAGAAAGCAAUGGCUGUUGGCAUGAAACUCAGCUGAGGGUGGGAAAGCAUCAAACUCUGCCCCAUCCCUUGUGUCUAGUAAAGAAGGCUCAAAUAUUUUGCCAUACCUCCACCUCAGAAGAGACAGCCUUACAGUAGGCUGAGUUCACUGUGAUGGAAGCUUAAGGGACUUGGGCUUAAGCCCUGAGGAGAGGAAGGGAAGAAAGUAAGUGAGGUGGUGAGGGUUAGAGAUCUCCCCUUUAAACCAUAUGCCUUGAUCACCCCCAAUAGAAAGGGGAUGGAGAGACAGGUAGCCAAAGAUGUCUGAAUGGACAAUCUACAAGUAGCCAAUUCCUUCUGAUGUGCCAAGUUAGGACUGACAUACAACUGGAUCCACCUCCACCAGAAGACCCUAUCACUCCAGUAUGGGGUGUUGAGUGGGCUUGGAAGACAUCCAAAGUCUAGUCUUCAGAAGAAAUUAAUUCUUCCUCAAGCCUGAACUCCAAAAUUGAAAUAAGGUGCCCGUUGUGGUGACUUUUACAGUGACUUACAGUGUCAUGGCGUUGGCGUCUCUAGUACAUUCCUAGGUGCAGGGGAGGGUCCACCCAGUAGUUCCAGAGAACUACACAUCUCUUCCCCCUUUUCCCCUGCUGCCUACACAUGGGCCCUGACCCUGUAUCAGGCUUUUCCCUUUGAACCAUUAAGGGAAGCUGCUAUAAAUCCAAAGGACUUGAAAAGGACUCUUUGCUGCUACACAGAUAAAACAGUCAUCUCAGUGAGAGUCUGGACUCCUGGAUCCUUGAACCUCAAAGAAGGGCUGGUAGCCCUCCUCAUUCUUUGCCCAAUUCCCCACCCCAGACAAUGUCUGACCUCUUCUCUAAUGGGUGGGUGGAUGGAUCACUGGCCUGGGGCCUUUUUGUCUUGAAAAAGGUUUUCUAUUUAUUUGUA